UGUAUUUUCUACUCACUUGUUGGAGACACCUUUUUCAUGUGUGCCAUUGAUAACAAAAGUGCAGAACAGUUUCGAGAGUUGGAAUAGCAGAGAUAAAUUAAAAAAAAAAAACAAAUGUUGUGCUAGCAAGCUUGAUUUCCUAUACUCAGAGUGACAACAAGUAUUGGUUAAUGGCACAGCAACUUGAAACAGUUUCAGUUGCGCCCGUAAACUAGUUUAGAAAUUUUGACUACGUGGUUCGUUGGUUUUGUUCAAGUAGCAAACUUAACUUAAAUUUAAAAUUGUGUUAAGCCCUUUUAGUGUUCCGCUAAUAUAAACACUAAAAUCUUAUAGUACACCUGUGAUUAUGCACAAAGGGCAAAGCGUGAAUAGCUAUACGGACUUUGGGCAAGACACUAACGUUGAUCAAAGUAGCGCAAUGCAGUUUGUAGCACGUCGCGCCGUCUUCAAUCUGACUAAAAACGCACUGCAAACGUCGUUGAAGGCAGGCUUACCCAGUGUCAGCGUUGCCGCACAGCAAGAUGUCCUUGAUAAGCGUUUUUAUUCGGUAUCUGAAGGCCCACAGAAACAAAAUUUAUUGCGUUAUCCAGCAUUUCCGCUAAAGGAUACUUUGGAUAAGUUUAUGAAAACUGUGGAACCGCUUUUAAGUGCAUGUGAGCUGAUCGAAACAAAAGAAGCGGUGAAAAAGUUCGAAACCGGUGAAGGUGCUGAAUUGCAAGCGCUUUUGGAAAAAGCCGCCAAAUGUGAACAAAAUUGGUUAGCUCGUCGUUGGCUGCAAACAGCUUAUCUGCAAUAUCGUGAUCCCGUCACCGUUUACGUGAGUCCGGGCAUGAGUUUUCCCCAACAAAGAUUUGAAAAUGAAGAAGCCUAUUUAAAUUAUGCCGUCAAAGUGAUAUACAGUUUGGCACGCUACAAGCAAAUUAUCGAUGCUGGUGAAGUACCAAUUGUGAAAAUGGGUAAAUAUGAGCUGGACAAUUCGCAAUUUAGUAAAGUUUACGGCACAUGUCGUAUACCACAAAAGGGUGAGGACACAUUGGAGUACAAUCCAAAGUCAACACAUGUGGUUGUGAUUUAUAAAAAUCAUUUUUACAGUUUGCCCAUCUACAACUAUAAAGGCGUGAUACUGCAUCCGGAUGUGCUGUUGGCGCAAAUUAAAAAAAUAAUCGCUGCAGAAAAGAAAAAGGGCAUCGAAUUUGGCAUAUUAACAACCGAUAAUCGUGAUAAUUGGGCGCAGGCCUAUGAGGAGCUGAUUAAAAUCGACGGUAAUAAGGAACGUGUGAAAACCAUACAAAGUGCCUUAUUUACGGUAUCGCUGGAUGAGUGUGUUGAGGUUAAAGAUGAUCAGUUUUUCAAUGAGCUAAGUGCUCAGUUAAUACAUGGCGGUGGAUCUCAUGUUAAUAGCGCCAAUCGUUGGAUGGAUAAAACUAUACAAUUGAUAUUAAAUCGCAAUGGUAUGAGUGGUUUCUGUUAUGAGCAUUCACCGGCUGAGGGGCAACCAAUUGCCAAUAUCACCGAUUACGUCUCAAAGAACUUAUUCAACGACAAACACUAUGACGGCAGUGCUCGUGAUAAUUAUCCAUGUGCCGCUAAACUUCCGUUAAAAACCAACAACACCUUAAACCGUUAUAUUGAAAAAGCACGUAAAAACGUAAAUGAAUUGGCUGAAAAUUUACACGUGAAUGUUUUACAUUUCCAAGACUAUGGCAAAGGUUUCUUGAAACAGCAAAAACUCAGCCCGGACAGCUACAUACAAAUCGCUUUGCAAUAUGCCUACUACAAACUACAUAAGGUGCCAGCUGCGCAAUAUGAGUCCGCACAUUUGCGUAUUUACAUAAAUGGACGCACCGAGACCAUACGCUCGUGCUCUAAUGAAUCCGUUGCCUUUGCCAAAGCCAUGUUGGACGAUUGCGUCGAUAAUAAGAAACGUGUCGAGCUAUUGCGUGCCGCUAUAAACGGUCAUCGCGCUUACACCACGAAUGCGUUGCAGGGUAAGGGUGUGGAUCGUCAUUUGUUGGGCUUGAAACUAAUGGCUAUUGAGAAUAAGAAACCAAUACCGGAAUUCUUCAAAUCCCCCGGUUAUGUGAAGAGCUUAAUCUUCCGCGUGUCGACCUCACAAGUGGCCACACCUAAUUUGGCUUUCAUGUCGUACGGUCCAGCUGCGGACGAUGGUUAUGCUUGCUGCUAUAAUCCACGUGAGAAUGAUAUGAUUUUGGCAUGCUCUUGUUGGCGUAAUAACCACGUAACCGAUGCGGAUACCUUUACGUGCGUGUUGCGCGAAGUUUUACUUGAAAUGCAAAGUAUAUUGACAGGUGCAGGUUCAGCACCAGCUGCAAAAUUAUAAGUUGUGAUAGCAGCAAUUUGGAUUUGAGAGUUUGCUUCAAGCUCUCAGUUAUUUUGUUAAACAAAAUUUAAGUGCCUACAAGUUUGCUAAACUUUUAUUAUUAUUUUUUUAAUUUCAAUAAAAUUAAUCACGGUGAAACUUUUUUAAAUACGAAA